AUGAAGGGUGUCUCAGAAACACCUGAUCUUGAUGAGGAAAUCCGCUGGAAAUUUGGGACUGAGAUUGUCGUAUGGUACGACCACGCUCUACACGUCCUCACCGUCAGAGCUUUGAUUGUGGCCAGAGACAGCAAAGACGUGGACACAUACUCGCGGAAAGAAACACGACACAUGGAAGACAACAAACCUGGUCGUUGGUCGACUCCUAGAGUUCACCGUCACAGACCAGCCUACCGUGCUCGCCAUCUUGUUCUCAAGCAUGUGCAGAAGCACAUCACCAAGGCUAAGAGGGGAAUUGCGGGUGCUGAGCAUGAUGCCGAUGCCGAUCCCCCAGCGCUUGACCCUGGCCAGGAGCGGCUUUACUCGUUCUACGCACCUGGCUUAGAGGCAGGAAUCCACGACAUCACGGUCACUCAGAAGAUACACUCGCCAGCCGUUGAAGGAGUUCCGGCUGACGAGAAGGAUGUGGUCUCCACGAAGACCUUCAGGGUCAGUCCGCCACGAUUCGCGCUUCCAGACGGCGAAGUGCAUUCCACCUACCCGCCACAAGAUGUGAUGGAAGAAGCCUCGGUCUCAGCAGACGAGUUUGCGCGCAACAGGACUCCUUGGCUGGCUCUGUUGAGCUUCAGUGACGAUGCAAUAGGCCAGAACGAAUUGUACCUGCAGCCGAAUCAGCUCAACGGGCCUGACAGCAUAUUCCCGCCAUCAAUGCUGCAGCCAGGAAGCCCACCAAUAGUACAGUCCGCCACGUACUCGAUUUACAUGGCUAUCCAAGACCUAUGGAAGAUGUCCGCCUACGUGACAACUCCGAUCAACGCAAAGCAGACAGGUGACCCGGUUGAUGGAAGUACGAAAGCCAAUAUUGUCUUUCUUCCGACCAGCCUCUUCACAUCAUUCGUCACCAAAUACAACAAUGAUGGGACACCUGUCCCUCAGCAGAGCCAGCCUGACGUGUCUAGGAAUGCGAUCCAUGCCGGUGCAGUCGAAGCGACGAAGAAAGAGCUUCUCGCACACCGCUAUCGAAGCAAAGAGUCAGUCAUCGCACAGCUGACAGAUACCAUGGCGGGUCUUGAGGAUAUCUUCCAGGGAGAUAAGCAGACGGACAUGCUUUCCAGAUGGAAACGACCUCGAGAAGCACGAAUCAAUCUGUCACAUCGACAGAACGAUGAGACUGGUAGUACGUAUCUGAAGCACGGGCGCGCCACGGCGCGCAAGCUAGCCUCGACAACAGACGGCCAUCCAAACCACGCUACUCCAGAGCAGGGUCCUCAGACAUUGAAAGAUGUCAGCAGUACUCCUGAUCUUUACAAUGAGUUCAAUACACCCUACUCGAACGAUUGGAAGAUAAUACUCAACUGGGUCUUAGACAAGAUGUACCUGUCCAACUUACCCGCCCACUAUUUGAUUACCGACCCGUCAUGCUUGCCGAACGAGACCUUGAGGUUCUUCCACAUCGACCGUAAUUGGAUUGACUGCUUCCUUGACGGCGCCUUGAGCCUCGCCAAUCAGGUCAGCCGAGACGACGACCAAGUACGUGGCAUCAUCAAGUCUAUCCUCGAAAUCUACAUCACCGGUGAGCUAUCUCCCUUCUUCGGGUAUGCUCCUCAGAUACCAUCCUUUGGAUUCCUCAUGCGGUCAUCACUUGUAAUGCGAUUCCCUGAUCUUGUGAUCACGGCUCCAAGAGCACCAGGGGACCUGCGAGCGCCGAUCUUACGCCAGGAGAAUAUCGCCAAAGACACAUUGCUGGUGCUGUUCGAUCGAUUGCCCUCACAUCCGGACUUCAAGUCUCUGAUAAUCAGUCAACCGCAGCAUCAGCAGUUCUUCUCGCUUGGUGCGACUCUCGGCCCUGACCCAACAGCACCUAUUGGAACACCACAUCCACCUUUGGAGCUGGAACUGAUCUACACCCGUGUAUAUGCUCCCGUUGCCAAGAUCGAUCCACAUGUCAAGAUGGAAUAUGACAAAGACGUUUUCAAGUCUUCUGACUCGCCGACCGUUUUCGAUUGGAAGAACAGAACCUUGAUGUUUCCUGCUUUUGCUCAAAGGGUCUAUGACAAGAUCAGCAGCGGAAUGAACAGCAUUGUGCCCAACUUGCCGCAAGACCAGGUAGGCCCUCCUGCACCGAAUUAUACGGAUACAGUGGGUCCGGACUGCAAAGGCUUGCCAUCCUCAGCACUGCUGGGGAUCCAAAUGAAUGAGCCCAUGUACCAGAUGGAAGUCCAGAUCCCGUCCCAGGGCGUAGCAGCCACGAGCAUCGGUCAGACAAAGAGCGCGGACGUGACGAAACCCGUAAUCCCAGCAGCAUCGCCGCAGGAAGCGCCACAGAUGCCCUCGAGCCCGCAACCGUACCAAAUCGCAAUAUCGGAGCCGUCACGAAGACAAUUCCCCCUGCCCAGCCCCCAGGAGAGAAAACGGCUUCCUCCGAGCAACUUUAAACACUCAGAACUCCCCCUCCCGCCUCCCCAUCAUCGUCCCCGUCGAAUCCCCACGCAUUUCUUCGACCCGAGUAGAACGCCCAACUUCAAGCUCGACCCGCCCACAACAGAUCAGAACUUCGCCAUCAGCUGCCACCACAUCAGCAAUUUCGGCAAGCCGGUACCCACCAACAUUAAAGCACCGAUGGACCUCGUCUUCUCCAUCCAACUACGCCAAGGUUAUAACACGAACUGGCAGCUCAACUAUCUACACUUCGAAAUCCCCAUGGAGACGAAGACGAAACCCACAGCCGCGACGAGCAACACUUCCGCCCCAUUGCUGCGUGCGAACUACCAAGACGCGACCGCCGUGAUGCUCUCGAACCAGCGCUUCAACGCCUGGGGACCCGUCGCCGCAGCGGAUAACUCGUUUCUUAACGUCGUACUCCAGCCGCGCUGGGCCCCCAAGGCAGCGGCACUGGAUUUAAAGCAGGAGUGGAGCUUUGUGCUCAAUCAGGUCCGUGUCGUGCAGGGCUACACGGGGAAGGUGAGGGUUAAUGUCAUCCAAGGCUUCACGGCGGUCAAUGGACCACAGCCGGAGCAGGUCAGAGGUUUCAUUCUUGUGGAUUUGGCGCCGGCGAAAUCGUGA